GAAGAAGAACAGGUUUCUUUGUCUUAUUUGUGCAAUCCAUGUUCCUUCCUCUGAAACCAGCCAUCAGAGCGACAGGGAAACCCGCUGUGUGCGUCUAUGUGUGCACAGAUGUCUGUUAGGUUUCCUUCCUCUUUGCUGUGUGUGUGUGGGAGUACAAAGCAAAUUAUUUUGUUUCCAGUAAGAGUCAGUAACUAACUUUAGUUUCACUUCCUAUCUGGUAUGCUAAGGGCUGAGAUGACCUGAGAUGAAUCCUAGUAUCUGGGUUGCUGACCCGACUUUUAGGGUAACUUCAGUCACCUCUGAACCCGGCCUCAAGUGGCCAUUCAAAUAUCUGCGGUUUCUGUUUUUAAAUUACAUCCUCUAUUUUGAUCACACUGGUCAUCUUUGGUUUGCUUUAAACGUUUGUAAAUAUUCAUGAAUCAUUUGUCUUCAUGCCAUUCUUGAUUUAUUUCAUCAUUGCAGACAAUCUGCAUCUUUUCUUUCACCCACUACAAAUUACCUGCACAGGUAGUUUGCAGAUUACAGAUCAUUACAGAUCUUGCCUGUUUUUUAUUUCUUGCUUUUCAUACAUCCUUCAAUAAGCGUCUCACACUGAUUCCAUCAUCGGCAGCAUGUCGUGCUUCUCCUCAUGGCAGGUUCAUUUUUUACAAUCUCCUGUGCUUCUGUUAAACAGAAUUAAGAUUUUAGAUCUUUGUGGAUGUCUGUUUACUUGUAUAGUUAAAGUUUGAGGGAAAAACAGACAUAUCAGUCAGAUUCAUGUGAGUCAUCUCUAAUGAAAUGACGCCAAUCUGUGCCUGUUGACCUCUUGCCAAAUCUCUGCAUCAUACAGCAGAGCAAACUUGAUGUUGCUGUCAAACACGAACAUCUUUGUUUUACAAAUAUAACGCUAAAAAUCAAGAUGAGAUGGAGUUUGGAAAAGGCAGCUUGGACCUUUCCUAAUCUGGCUUUGAUGUCUUAUUGGGCUCCAACAGAGAACAAUGAACAGAAAUAUUGACACCACAAACCUGUUUGACCAAAGCUGCAGUAGACCCACGUGUUGAGUACGGUGGCUCAGAAGGUCAAUGGCAAUAAAUGAAAAAUUCAUACAACCUGGGAGCAUUUUCAAAAACAUGAAAAUAUUUUGCAUGUGCGCAAAAUCUAUUUUAGAAAACACAAAAAAAUGAUAAAAGACUUUUUGAAAAUCAAUGUAAUUUGAAAACACAAAGAAUGUUUUGGAAACAAGUAAGAUUUAAAAACAACUACUUUGGAAACAUGAAUAAAUAACGUACAUUAAUUCACUAUUAAAGUUAAGUAUUGUUUUAAAAGUAUAUUUACAUAUAGUGUACCCAUUACUUCUGUAACAAAAUGUGAGAAAAAUUAACCUUAUAAAAAUGCAGAGUGUGAUUAUUAUGGCUAAUGAUGAUGUGAAAUAUGAAGUUUGCAUGAUCAGGAGUACUUUUCUAAAGUAAUAAAACAGCUUAGCUUUCAUACGGAUUAAAAAGUUUUUAACAUUAUAACUGAUCAACAGAGCAAAGAAAUAAAUGUUACUCGUCUCCUCUCACACAAGCCUGAACGGCUGUUUUUCGCACAGUCAUUGAGGAUUAUUAGGCGAGCUGUUUCCAGUAAGCAGCUAAUGUUUCGUAAUCAUUUCAAGCAGAUUGUUAUCACUUAUUUCUGGUAACAAGUGAAGUGUGAUAAUUAUUCUGACCUUCAGAGAACAAAAGGCAGUUAAAUGAAAUACAUCCGCACAGAACUUAAAGCUUCAGCUCGUCAAAGACUGUCUGUGAAUGAUGAGUCACUGACUGACUACAAUAUACCUGCUUCUGCAUCCGGUACCAAGAACUGACAUAAUGGGGCCGACUGUCUCAAAUCUGAAAAAGUGGUGUAUAAAACUGGUGUUUUUCAUUUUCUUCUUUUAAAAGUGAUAAAUGCAUACAUGCACAUGUUGGCUCAUGUCACUAGUUUGGUGCCACCAUUAAGAGACAUAAUGGGACAUUUGUUUCUAAGAAGAGGCUCAAGACUCACCUUUUUAACCAGGCUUUUCACUAAUCGCCUUUUUGUAUUUUUCUUAUUGCAAAUGUUCAUUUUAAUCAAAGUUCUUAAUGUUUAUUUUAUGUCAUUUUAUUAAUUAUCUCUGUUCUUAGUCUUUUUCUUAAUUCCCGUCUUAGAGGUUUUUACUCCUUUUAUGCCUUUUACAUGGAAAAAAGCUCUUGUCUGUUCAUCGAAUAUUAUUUUCUUGUUUUAGUCCUUCAGGUUUUACUCUUUCUUUUUACCAUUUUUAUCUUCAAUCUUCUAUCUCUUCUAUCUCCAGUGUUUCCCAAAGGUAGCUCUUUCCUCACGUAAUGUCUCAGUGUCAGGCCAAGUCUCUUUGACAAUAUAUCUUAAAUUCUGCCAUAAAAAUAAAGUUAAAUUUGAAUUUGAUUUUCAUCACAAAUUGUUGGUAGUAUGUACAGUAAUGCACAACAGAGACCACACUUUCAAGGAGAUGUAGUUUUAGACGAGGGGUAAAGCAGCAAAAUGAAGACAUCAUAAGCUGUAAGUUUCACAAGACAAGAAACAUCUUGAGUUACAAAUUUUCCACAACCGCUUCUCUGAAAACGCAAGACAAUUUUCCACACUUUCAGUAGCUGAAUUCUUUGAAUUUGACGUAGUUUUUAAAGCAUCUUGUUGCAUGAUAACAAAAUAUUCUCUACAAUCAAAGCCAAAGCUUUACAACACAACACAACACAAUACCCUGUAUUUCUCUUUCCUGUAACAUCCAGUUACAGCAGAUGGCUAUCCAUGAGUCUGGUCCUCCUCGAGGUUUCUACCUGUUAUUAAAAAUAGUUUGUUACUGCCACUGUGGCCAAAUCCUUGGUUAUUGUGGAUUCAUUCUAGGUAUUCUGAAAACAGUAUGAUCCAGUCCUGCUCCUUUAGUUACGAUAAAGUUUGUGAUUCUUUGGUGCUAUCAAAUUAAAAUUAAUGAUUGACCCAUUGGGUUGAUCUGCCUGUGCUUUUGUUUUUCCAAAGAGCCUGCCUGUUUUAGUACCAUUUGAUCUGCUGACUCACUCAGCACCUCGAAAAGAAGUGAGGACUUCGUACGUGUGAGGCCUGAGGUAAAACACUCAAUACUCUGGAACAUUUUCAAGGUGAUACGUCGCUCUGUCGUCAGAAGCAAUUUGCUCGAAAUUGUACUUCUGUCUUGCGUUCACUUUGUUGCAUUGUCCUUGCCUAUACCAUAAAAGGGUUUUGCAUCAUGGAAGUUGGGGAAGGGGGAAGUUGCUGCAUGUUAAAGGUUAGCUUCAUGUUGCCAGAGGCAUCAGUGGAGCUGGUUGCAUGUCCACCCUGUCCGUCAUCUACCAGCAGCUUCGACACCAUGAACUACCUGCUGCUCGGAGCCGUGCUACUGAAGAGUCUGGGCAUCUGUGUCACACAGCAAGGUAAAUUACUGUUGUUAUAGUCCGUCUGAAAUGAACUGAACUGAUUUAUCUGACUUAAAACUCAAUUUCUAUCUCAGAUCAACUUUCUGUGCAUUUUUUUUCUUAUAUUUUUUGCUUUUUGUUUUAUAAAACUUUUUUGUUUGUUUAAAAACAGACUCGGGAAAAAUUUAACUGUUACCAUCUGAACUUUUUGUGUGAUUUAAUAGGAUUUAAAACACUAUGUUUUAUUGUGUUAUGCUGUAUUUUGAGACAAAAUUUCAUAAAUUGCAGCACGACAGCCUCAUAGAAACAAUACAAGACUAAGCUGAACAUUAUCCUACUAAAAAAUGUGUCCUAUAGUUUGUGCUGUCACAGAGUUAAAUAAAGAUAAAAUGAAGAUGUUUACAUAUAAAGUCACAUUACAACAAUGUAUAUCUGUUCUAUAAUUUCUGCUUUUUUAAUGUAUGAACAAAAAUUUGGGUUAUCUCUUUAUUCUGACCAAACAAUGAAGAUAAAUAUAGAUUUUUAAAAAAUUAAACAAACUGUUUUUUAGUUUUACUGAUUGCUAUAUUGCUCUUUAGUAUUUACUGUUUGUAUUUAUGGCAAAAGUAGAAUUAUUUGUCUUUAUUUUCAUAACACUUUACCUCUUUCUUGUCAGCUGUUACAUCAAUUUGUGAUCGGUGUGUUUUUUUUUUAUCAUGAUUUGUGUCUACGAAAAUGCUUCCUUGUACACUUAACAAGAUAAACAGUAUAUAUAUAUAUAUAUCCUUUUACGACUUGAAUUGACUCUCUUUCCUCUUGUAUAACCAAUAACUUCCUCAGCUCCAGUGAUCCAGCUCGCUCCGCCCACUCAGGUGAGGUUUGAUUCGGUGGACUAUAAAAACAUCCUGCGCUGGACUUCACCCAAUACCAGCACCCCACUGCAGUACUACAUCCAGUGGAAGAUGUGAGACAUUACACAUUACACACACAAGAACAAUCAGAAUUGAAUAUUUAAGAUAAAUUAAGAUAAGGCAAAGGUUAGGAUGGAGUAUGAUCAAUUUUGUCGACUAUCUUCAGUGCCAAAUCUCACCCAAGGUGUCCCUCAAGGACUGAUUCCUUGAGGGUGAUUUCUAUUUAUUUAUAAGCUUCAUUGCUGCUUUCAAUAAACUAUUUGGUUGUUUUGUGCGCCAUCAGGGAUUGUAACUGCAGAAUAACGUCUUAUGUAGAUAAUUCAAGCUACUCUAUUUGCUGAUCUCUUAAUUUAACUUUCUUUCUAUUUGUGUUGUUAUCUGUCUGUCUCUUUUCCAUGUAGUUACGGUGAGCCUGAAUGGUUGGACGUGGAAAGCUGUCAGGGGAUCCAGAAGCAACACUGUGACCUCAGCAGCAUAACCUCUGACCUUAAUGAGUGGUACUACGCCCGAGUUCAUGCUUCCUCCCUGCCCUCCAGCAAAUCAGCCUGGGCUCUCUCCCCGAGAUUCAGCCCACGCUGGGACAGUAAGUGGAAACGCCUCCUCCUUCUCCUCCUCCUCCUCCUUGUCAGAAUCCUUUCUCUUUUGUCUGGUCUCCUUCCUGACCUGAUGCAAUAUCACAUAAUGUUUUUUUUUUUUUUGUUCAGAGACAGUAAGCGAAGCAAAAAAAACUGUACAGAUAAAACACAAAAAUUCUACGUUCAAAGUCAAACAAAAUUUAUCCUUGAAUACACUAGUUUGUAAAAGUAUGUAAAUACAGCCAAUACAGGUUAUGAAGUUGCCUAAGCUAAAAAAAAGCUGAAGAUAUAUCCUGCCACACAUCUAAUGUAAACCUCACUUCUGCAGCCAAAAUCAGCCCUCCUCUUCUGAAGCUGAACGUCACAGAGCAAGGGAUCAUGGUGCGUGUGAGGCCUCCCAAAGUUCUGGUUCGAAAGAUGCAAAGCAACCUUCACUACAAGAUUUACCUCACACACAACAGUGGAGAGGAGGUAAACAUGCAGACACACACACACACACACACACACACACACACACACACACACACACACACACACACACACACACACACACACACACACACACACACACACACACACAUCAUGUGACUUAAACAGGCUGAAAUGUCUCCAUGUCUGUUUUGUUCUGGCUUUAUUUUUUUUUUUCAGGAAAGAGCAAAUUCAAACUUUGGCUUUGAUUUAGAUUUUUAUUGUAUUUACAUGUUAAUACACUUACGCAGACUUUUUAUUCUUCAAUAUUUAAGGCUUUGUGUCUAUUUGAGCACUUGUGAAAAGAGCCAAAUGAACAAAAGUGAGCCCCUUUUUGUUCGAGUCUUUUCAUUCUCCUUUCCGGCUAAUUUUCCUUCAGAACUGCUUGAUAUAUUUUUAUGUACAACAGUGCACAAUAGUCCAGUUUAAACCUCACCCCCGUUCAUCUCUUGUUCUGUUUCCUGCUGUUCAGGAAGUGUUUGAGAUGGAGUGUUGCUCGAACAAACUGACCCUGAGCGAGCUCAAACACAAAGGGAAAUACUGCCUCCAAGCCCAGACCACCAUCCCCCGCCAAGCCAAGAGCAGCACUCGAGGCACCAUGAAGUGUGUCACUGUGCCCUGAUCACUCAGGUAUGGACACUGACAGACUUAUCUGAUGUAGAGUAGUAGUACUGUCCGCAGAAUGGACUUAGAUUAGCAUGAGAAGAAGUUGGUCCACUGUUAUUUUGUAUAGUUUUGAUGCAAAAGUUGCAUUUUUUUUGCUGUGAAUAUAUGUGCUUACCUUAAAUUGAACCACUGAAGACACUGUUUGGUCUACAUGCACUGAAUUAUUUAAAAUUGUGCCUCAAGUAUCAGAAGACAAUUUGUUGUAGUUUACGGGUUUUCUCCAACCAUUGUAUUUAUUAGAACAACACAUGCAAACUAGUUCAAGAAGACAACGCUUGCUGCACUGAUUUCAUAUUCAACAGGUUAUUCUCACGUGUGUUUAGGUGGUAAGACCAAAUGCAGGCUCAGACUAUGGGUCUUAACCCUUCAAUGCCUUUUGCAAUCAUAUUUGAUACAUACUUUUAUAUACUUCUAACAAAUCAGUAUGAUCAACAAAUUACUAAAAAAAACACCUGAAUACAGUCCGAUAAAUGAUAAAAAUGUCCUCUUGUAGUUUAUCAGUUUUCCAAAAAACAUCAAAUAUAUCAAACGAGAUAAAAAAAUAUUUUUGUUAAAUUUUAAGGACAUUUUGACGUUUUUGGUUUUUAGCAGUAAGUGAAAAAAAAACAUUUCAGCUCCAAAAAAUUUUUAAUUUUCUGGCCAUAAUUUGUGGUGUCAGGCAUUAAAAGGUUACGAUCAUCAUUCGUCAUACCUCAAUUUCUGCGUGUUAAAUAAAUCUGUAAGGAUUAGAUAUUGAAGUUACAGACACUAAACAAGAGCAAUGUCUGCUGCUGCAAUUGCAAGUGACUGGCUUAGGUGAACUUCAUUAUAUGGCACUGUUGAACAAGUAUAGGACAGCAUUUCAUACAUUUUGUAUGGGAAUCCAAAUGACAUCUCCAUAGUACCAAAAAGCGCUAAUUUACCCGGGAGAGUGUUACAAGUUUCUGCUUUGUGUGUCUGUGUCAGUGCUUCUCACAGACCAGGUGGACAUGAUCAUGGGCGAGUGAAAGCUAACCUCUCUGCUGUAACAAAAGAUUACCCAAUGAGGAGUCACAUUUCGGCCGUCACAGAGCAGUCUCCCCGGGCAGUAAGACAGAAAAAGGGAGGGAAAAUGAAACUCCUGGAGGAGGAAUCUUAGGAGAGAGAUUUUCCCCACAAUGACGAUAAUUACCUCUGCUCACCCCACCCUCCUCACUAUUUUUAGAAGUGCCACAGAGAGUAGACUGGUGAUAAUGUAUCUCUGGACAUUUGUUCCUUUGUUCAGUUUAUUAAUGUUUUUUCUCCUCUUCUUUCUGGUCUUUAUUGUCUUUGUUGCAGAUCAACUUCAGACCUGAUGCAUUGUAGGAUUGGACUUCCAUCAGUUUGGCAUGAAUUUCCACUGCUACCUCGACGGCUACACCCAUAAAAUUAAAUAAAUAAAUAAACGGAUAAAUAAAAAAAAAGUGAGGCACUUUAACAAGAACCUAAAAGAGCAUUUAAAGCACAUACUUUCUCUUUCUCUUAAAUAUUUGAGUUUCAUUUCUCACUACUCUUCAAACUGUGACGACACACAAACUGGAAUUAUCACCACAGACCUGUGUAAACUGAAACACUAACAUUUUUCUGUUGUCCAGUGUGGUGGAGACUCAGACUGGUCCAUAUCAAACUAUAACAAACGACAAGUUUCAUAUUGACAUUCAGCGAAGAACUUUAGUGUGAAUCUGAAACUGUUCAAACAGCUCUGAGAAUGUACCGUGCCAAAUGUAUUUGAUAAGUGUUGCAUUACAAAUAAAGAUUCACAAGUUGAUUCUG